UUUACUUAAGUUAAAUAUUCCACAAUGAGCGAAACUCCAUUAUUCACGAUUGGGAAAACACAGAGAAAUAAAGAAAAACUAAAAUAUAAAAGCAAUUGGCAUACCCUUGAGAAAACUGCGCCAAGUGGCCGCGAGUACUGGAUAUGCGCCAACAGAAGUUGUAGAGGCAGAAUUAUCAAACAAGGUCAAAGCAUUGCUGAGGGUCAAACCCAUACCUGUCUGUCCUCUUCAAUAGACGCUGAGAUUGAAACACUGAGAGAGCGAGUCAAAGUGUUUGCCAUAUCAAACCCAUUCACACCACCGUCGAAAGUUUUGGCUAUUGUAAAGGCCGAGUUUUCCGUAGAAGCAUGUCAGGCUUUACCGUACGACGCUUCUAUUAGUAGAAGCAUACGGCGAUGGAGACAGCCACUUGGAACAAAGGAGCCAAAAAGUCGCGAGGAUAUAUGUUUGACACCUGAUCAAAUGAUUGACGUUCAGGGGAACAAAUUUAUCUUUAACGAUGCGGACUAUGAAAAAAAUAUUGCAGGAAGAAUUUUAAUAUUUACAACGGACGAAAACUUAAAUGAACUCGCCUUAUGUAAUGUUUGUGGAAUUGAUGGGACUUUCGAUGUCGUCACUGAACUUUAUACACAGUUGUUCACCAUACAUGCAAUGACCCGGGACGGAUGGACAAUUCCUCUAGUGUACGCUCUCCUUCCGAAUAAAAAAACUGAAAGUUACAAAUAUGUCCUAGAGAAGAUUUCAGAGCGACGUGGAUUGCCAUUAUCUCCGGACGUUGUGCUCAUGGACUUUGAGCAAUCUGAGAUGCGUGCAGUGGCAGACGUAUUUCCAACAGCAAUUCUUCAAGGAUGCCACUUUCACUACACUCAAUCACUCUAUCGACAUUUCACGCCCCACAUGAAGAGAGCGUAUGAAAAUGACAACUCUUUUGCUCUACAAAUGAAGAAAAUUUUUGCAUUGGCGUUCGUUUUACCAUGUGAUGUAAAUAGAGCAUUUGUAGAAAUUAAGUCGGAAAGCGCGUUCGAUGAAGAUCUUAACAAAGAUUUAGGUGUUUUUUUCGCAUAUGUUCACAGUACUUACAUAGGUUCGGCAUAUGUUUCGUCUCUGUACAAAAGAGAAUUUUGGAGUGUCCAUGAUAGGGUUAAAAACAAUGUAGCUCGAACAAAUAAUUCGCUGGAAGCCUGGAACAGACGGUUCGGAGUUUUGUGUGAAAGUUCCCAUAUUCCUCUUUAUCGAAUAAUUAAGCAUUUGCAAAGUGAGCAACACUCAACCGUGGUAAUGCUGGCUUCGAGAAUUUCAGGCAAGGCUCCCGCGGCCAAGCGGUACAAACAAAUUCAACUAAAUCGGCGACUUUUGAAUCUUGUUGAUAAUUAUGCGACCCUUGAAUUGAAAGACUUUGUUAAGGGUGUUGCAUUUAAUAUGCUAAGUGGGUUAGGUACAGUUAGGCGUGGCGAUAAAAGCAAUAACGAUGCUGUUGAUAAUUCAAGCGUUGAAGAAGAACUUACGCAAGUUAUUCCCUGUUCAAGUUCCUUUGAUCCAACAUAUACCCAUGUCCCAUGCUUAAAGCGUAAACGAACUAACGCAGGGACAUUUUCAAAAAGACAAAAAACCUAAUUUUUACGAAUGUUGUAAAACAAUUAAUUGGAUUGUAAAUUUUAAAGGAAAGAGGCAAUAAAUUGUCUAUUUUUUCGACCUAAUAUUCUUCUUCGACUUGUCCUCCACAUUUACUUGUCCAACAACGAGUUGCUCUUCCUUCGACUUGUCCUCUACAAAAUGUCCGACGACGAUUUACCACCA